CCCCAUCCCCCCAUCCCCCCACCCUCUCCCUCCCCUACCCAAAUGGUAGGCAAGACCAUCCUCGUACUCGGCGCCGGGCCCGGCAUCGGCCGCGCUGUCGCCACCCUCUUUGCGUCCAAACGAUACAACAACAUCGUCCUGAUCGCGCGAAACGCCGAGCGGCUCGCGGCCGUGCAAAAGGCCGUCAAAGGCACCAACAGCGGCGUCACCGUCAAGACGUACGCCGUCGACACCACUAACACGGUCGCUCUUUUCGAGGCGCUGGACAACUCGGAUGCCACGUUUGGCAAGCCCGAGGUCGUCUUUUAUAAUGCUGCGCGGGUGCUGCCGUCGUCGUUUCUGGACCACCCGGUCGAGGAUAUCGAGUACGACUUGAAGAUUAACGUCAGCGCAUUGUAUGUUGUCGCGCAGCGAUACAUGCCGCACCUGGUCUCGCUCGCCAAGACGGCAGACCCGGCGUCGUCUCAGCCGGCGCUCAUCGUCACGAGCUCCGCCCUGCCACAUCACCCCAUCCCGCAGCUGUUUGCGCUGUCGCUGGUCAAGGCGGCGCAGCUGAACCUGGUCCAGAGCUUGAGCCUGACGUAUACCCCCGAGGGCGUGCACGUCGGGGUCAUCAAUGUCGCGGGCCAGGUCUCUCCGGAGGAUGAGCUGAGGAAUCCGACCAAUAUCGCGCAGAAGACGUGGGAGUGGUUUGAAGCGGCGUGGGAGAAGCCGAGUUUUGAGGUCAAGAUCUGAAACAGCUCGGUGGCAAUGUCGAAUUUUGGGUGUGCGAUGGCUUGGUUAGGUACUCAUGGUUCAUGCUGGACAUGGUUUAGAGAUGUAGAAUUGAAGUGAAAAUUGUUCAGCUUUUUCUUUUGCAAAAAAAAUGCCGGUGGUGUGUCAUGGGGUCAGUUGCGCACUUAACCGAAUCCCAACCUGUAGGAGACUCAGCCACAGCUCGGUUGGCGGCGGUAUGGGAACCUGAUAUUAUGGAUGUGGUGCCUUGGCGGCUAGGGUUCCGUCUUGCCAACCAUCAGGUGGCGAGUGUGGUGGCCAGCCCUCAGGUGGCGAGUGUGGUGGGAGAAGGUCAGGUGAAAGGUGAAGCGACCUGGAGGCGGUGUGCGUGAGCGUGUUGGAAUUAUAUCAGGUCUUGCCUGUGAUAGCCAGGCGUGCACAGUCU